AUGGCCUCUCUAACCGCCGGAAACCUCCUCAAGCUCCUCCAGUCGAUGAAUUCCAACACCAAAGUCCGGACCACCGCAGCCCCCUCCUCGAGGGGGGGGAAGAAUGUUAAUGUGAUUGUUCCUGCAAAUUGCGGAGAUGAUACCUCUAAUGGUAGUAGAGUUGGAUCGGAUAAGGCCUCGCAAAGGUUUUCGUCGUCGGGGUCGCUGAAGCACAGAUCGGUAUCAGCAGCUGGGAGGAAAGCUGUGGUGGCGGAGAGGGAUCCAUCGCCGGCGGCCAAAUCAGGGAAGAGGUCUCUCAAAGGUACUAGAGUUGGAUCGAAUAAGGUCUCCCAAAGGUUUUCGUCACUAGGGUCGCUGAAGCAGAGAUCGGUAUUAGCAGCGGGGAGAAAAGUUGUGGUAGCGGAGAGGGAUCCAUCGCCGACGGCCAAAUCAGGGAAGACGUCCUCGUCGCCCGCGAUAAUAUUGCCAUCUAGGUACCGGCAGCCAUCACCGACUGCUGGGAGGCGGCAGGCAAGCCCGAUUGUGGCGAGGAGGAUGUCGUUGUCUCCGGCUCGAUGGCUCUCUAGCGGGCUUAGGGCAUCACCGGCAGUGGACUCCUCGGGGAGGAAGAAGAUGGCUAAUAUAGCUGCUGGAAUUUCAAAGGUUUCUGCGCUUGUUGGGAAUGGGAGACCUCCUAGUAAGAAACAUUGGGAUGAUAGACCAGCAUCGGGCGGCAGCGGCGGCUCUUCUGAACAUAAAGAAAAGAAUUCGGCUAUGAGCAAAAUCGAUCUCCAGGCUUUCCUGAGGACACAGGCUGCUAUAUCGAGGCGUCUAAGCGAUGAGAAAUCUGAGAGUCCGAAGGAGAAACCAAAUGGCGCGGUGCCAGUGAUCACCAUACAUGAAAAGAAAUGGACUGAUGGCAGUGUUUCUCUUGAUGUGGUUACUUCAGGUCUUGCUAAACUUGGGAAGGAAUCUAUGCAGAGGAGAAGAAUUGCUUCAAUAGCUGCUGCUGAAGCUUUAGAGGGAGCCAUGGCAACUGAAUCUGUUGUCGGAAACUUGAGCAUGUUUUCUGAUCUAGUAGCAAUGUCAAAGCCUGAGAAUCCUCUGCCUACUAUGGACCGAUUCAUGUCCAUUUACGAGGAUGCCCUGAAAUCAACAUCAGAUGUUGAGUCGAUUUUCGGUAGCCACAGUUCGUCAAGAAGUACAGAUUUUACAACUGAAAAGCAACCAAAACCCAACAAGCUUUGGGUGGAAGCUGCUUUGGCCACGAACCUUGAGGUUGUCUCCCUCCUCACAAACGAAGAAUAUGAUGGCUUAUCAAAAGGGGAGCAAAUUUCAACGAGGAGGCUCUCUAUCAGUGAACCUGCCAAGAAGUUGUCACUGCCAUCAGUAGUCGGAACAUGGACUCGAUGCAUGGGAAUGAAUGAAACUGUCGAGCUCGGUAAGAAUUUGCUAUCUGAGAUGCAAAUGUGGUUCGUGAGGUUUGUUGAGAAGUCCCUUGAUGCUGGUUUUCGCGUAUUCGGCAAGUCUGCUACUAGCAGUAGUGGAGGUCUCGACUGUGGCCCUAUGGCCACGAUUUUGUCUCAGCUAAAAUGA